AUGUGCCUUCUCUUUAGAAGGCUGUUCCUUGUGUCCUAAUAUCAGUUAAUAAAAAAUUAAUGUUAUAGCAAAACAUCAUACUCGUGUAUUUCGUAGACAAAUUUAACAGUCUAUUAACUCGUUUAAUAUUACUGGUGUAUCAAAUUUCCCAUUCACAUGAAUCAUUAGAUCUCAUUAUUUGAAAAACAAACUUUGUGGCUCACUCUUGCAGAUCUCAUUUUCCUUUCUGAGUUGCUUUGAUUUUGCUUUCAUGGUGGGUAACCUUCUCAACCCUUAGCUCUCACACUUCCCUCUUCCCCACACACACACCUACACACACUCUCUCGCACUAAAAGUCUUUACAAUCUCUCUCCCCUUCUCCAUUUCAGCAUUGGGUUUAUGCAGCACUGUUUGUGCUUCUUCAUCAAAGUCCACAAUGAGUUCACUAGGACCCAAAUCUUCAAGGUCCUCGAAAUCCCCAAGCCAACCCUCCACUACAACGCCCUCAAGAUCAUCAUCUUCCUCUUCAUCUUCUCUCUCCUCCCACCUCGCCAUGAUUGAGCUGAAGCAACGAGUCCUCACUUCUCUAUCUAAACUCUCCGACAGAGACACCCAUCAGAUCGCCGUCGAAGACCUCGAAAAAAUCAUCCAAACCCUAUCUUCAGACGGCGUUUCAAUGCUCCUCAAUUGCCUCUACGAUGCCACCAACGACCCAAAAGCCCCCGUGAAGAAAGAGUCUCUCCGCCUCCUCGCCGCGCUCUGCACCGUCCACGGCGAUUCGACUGCCACCCACUUGACGAAAAUCAUUGCCCACAUUGUGAGAAGACUCAAAGACUCUGAUUCGGGUGUGAGAGACGCAUGUCGAGAUGCAAUUGGUUCGCUUUCGUCGCAGUAUCUGAAGGGAGAGGGUGACAAUGGUGGUCUUGGGUCGGUGGUUUUGCUGUUUGUGAAGCCUUUGUUCGAGGCACUGAGUGAGCAGAACAAAGGGGUACAAGUGGGUUCAGCAAUGUGUAUGGCUAAAAUGGUGGAAUGUGCUUCAGACCCGCCCAUUUCGGCGUUUCAGAAGCUUUGUCCCAGGAUCUGCAAGUACCUGAACAAUCCAAACUUCUUGGCAAAGUCUUCACUCUUGCCUGUUGUUUCCAUUUUGUCUCAGGUAGGAGCUAUUGCACCACAAAGCUUGGAUUCAUUGCUGCAAAGCAUUCAAGACUGCCUUGGGAGUUCGGACUGGGCAACACGUAAGGCAGCAGCAGAUACAUUAGGUGCUCUAGCAUUGCAUUCCAGCAGCUUAAUUACAGAUUCUGCUGCUUCCACACUGACAGUGCUUGAGGCUUGCCGCUUUGACAAGAUAAAACCUGUCAGAGAUAGUAUGACAGAGGCAUUGCAACUAUGGAAGAAGAUUGCAGGAAAGGGUAAAGAUGGAGCUUCUGAUGACCAGAAAGCUUCAUCUCAUGAUGGUCAAAGUUCUGAACCGGCUGCUUUAUCAAGAAAGGACCUGAAAGCUCCUAAUCCCAGUGAGACUAGAACUGAUACAUCAGCAAAGGAUUCAUUGGAUGGGUCAUCUCCAACUGAUUCUGCUUCCAAAACCAAGGGUGGCAACAUCUCGGACAAAACAGUUGGGAUGUUGAAGAAGAAGGCACCGGCCUUAAGUGACAAAGAAUUGAACCCGGAAUUCUUCCUGAAACUAGAAACAAGAGGUUCAGAUGAUUUGCCUGUAGAAGUAGUUGUACCCCGUAGGUGUCUCAACUCUUCCAAUUCAAACAAUGAGGGAGAGCCAGAGCCAAAUGACGUAGAUCCAAAGGAAAGGUCAAAGGUGAACUGCCAGCCAGAUGAUGGACCUGUCAACAUUAAAUACCGUAAUGUAGAAAGAGAAACUGCUGGCGUGUUCUCUAGACGACGAGACGUUGAUGACUUUACUCGAGAUAAAUGGUCCGAAGAGAGAAUAAACGGCAAAGGUAAUUGGUUGGUUAUCCAGAGGCAGUUAUUACAAUUGGAGAGACAACAGGCUCAUCUCAUGAACAUGCUGCAGGAUUUCAUGGGUGGGUCUCAUGAUAGCAUGGUGACUCUAGAGAACAGAGUGCGCGGUCUUGAGAGAGUUGUUGAAGACAUGGCACGUGAUCUGUCAAUAUCAUCAGGUCGAAGAGGUAAUAGUUUUAUGGCGGGGUUUGAGGGAUCUUCUAAUAGGCCUUUAGGCAAGUAUAAUGGCUUCCCCGACUACUCUCCAACUAAGUUGGGGAGGGGUGGCGAUGGGCGAAUUCCCUUUGGGGAGAGAUUUGCCUCAUCUGAUGGUAUUGCUAUGGGCAUGAGGGGAAGGGGCUCUAAUUGGAGAUCUGACAUGUCUGAGGCUUGGGAUUACCACACAUAUGGGAAAAAUGGGCAAAUGAGCUCUAGGAGAGCUUUAAGCAGCGUUCCUAUAGAUGGUAGGUCACCUAAAUCGGAGCAUGAGAAUGAUCAGGUUGGCAGCAGGAGAGCCUGGGAUAAAGGGUCUGGACCUGUUAGAUUUGGUGAGGGGCCUUCUGCAAGAAGUGUCUGGCAAGCUUCAAAGGACGAAGCAACUCUGGAAGCAAUUCGGGUAGCUGGCGAAGACAAUGGAACUGCUCGAACUGCAAGAGUAGCUAUACCAGAAUUGACUGCAGAAGCUUUGGGGGAUGAUAAUAAUGUACAAGAGCGGGACCCAACCUGGACUUCUUGGACUAAUGCAAUGGAUGCACUUCACGUGGGUGAUAUGGAUUCGGCUUAUGCUGAGGUUCUGUCUACAGGGGACGAUCUCUUGCUUGUGAAGUUAAUGGACAGAUCAGGCCCUGUAGUUGAUCAACUCUCAAAUGAGGUAGCAAGUGAGGUUUUGUAUGCUGUUGCACAGUUUCUACUGGAACAGAACUUGUUUGAGAUCUGUUUAUCUUGGAUUCAACAGUUGGUAGAUGUGGUAGAAAACGGACCUGAUAUGCUGAGCAUUCCUAAUGAAGUACAAAGGGAGCUUUUGCUGAAUUUACAUGAAGCUGCUUCGACAAUUGACCCAUCCGAGGACUGGGAAGGUGCUACACCAGAACAACUCUUGCUGCAGUUGGCGUCAGCUUGGCAAAUUGAUCUGCAAAGGUUGGGGAAGUAAUAGCUAGCUGAACAGCCUGGGUCCUGUAUUUGAUGUGUGACUUUGGUAUCAUCUUGUAUUUACACAUAAUAGGCAAAUUAAAUUGCUUUUUGAGGAACAAUACGAGUUGAUCAUGAACAGUGUGUCAUAUGGGUUCAUUAAAAUAGAAAUUGGAUAUAGGUUUGCCGCUCUAAUGAAAUUGAUUAUGGCAGACGAAAGUGCAUGUCCUAGUAA